AUGAGUUGCUUGGAUUUGAAACAAAAAAAUGUACAAGAUAUUAAUGAAAACGAAAAUGAAGGAAAAAAUGGUAGAGUAAUAGAUUCGAAUAAAAAAAAAGGAAAUGAAAAUAAAAAGUGGGAAAGAUUUAACAAAAUUACUCGAAAUAACAGCACUUCACCAGCAUAUAAUCAACAAAUUUCUACUAAUGUGAAUACUAAUAAUAAUAAUUCCGAAAAUAUAAAUAAUGAAUGGAAUGGUUUGAGAAAUGGAUUAAAUCAAAAUUUUCGAAAUGUAAAUAAAUCAGCGAAUACAAAUAAAACUAAUGAAAAUUACAAUUUUAUGUCAAACAAUAAAAAAGACCAUCUAAUAGAUCAAGAAAGUUGGAGAUCCAAUAAAGGAAAUACAACAAAUCUUAGAAAUAAUAAUUUUAAUAACAAUGAUUUGAACUCUAAUAUAGAAAGUUCAGAAUUUAUAAAAAAUAAUUAUAAUAAAAAUAUGAAUAAUACAGAUAAUUUAAAGUUUAAUUAUAGUAGGAAUUUUAAAAAUAGUUAUAAUAAAAGUACAAGUAGAAAUAAUUCGAAUAUAAAAAAUGUAAACAGCAAUACAGUAAAUACAAAUAUAAAUUAUGCAUUGAAUGAAAGAGGAGUAAAUAAGAACUUGAAUAAUGCUAAUAAAUCAGUUAAUAAUCUAAAUAUUACAAAUGUUAAUAAUCAAAAUCAAGAUAUCUACAACAAUAAUGAAGUCUGUUCAGACAGCCAGAGCAAUAUGAAAAAUCUUAAUCAGAACAAUUAUAACAACUUUAAUAAUUGUAGUAGCAAUUUAAAUAAUAAUUUAAACAACAUGACUAACAACGCUUUUUAUAAAAAUUCGAAUAAAAAUUAUAAAUUUAAUAAAUUUAAUAAUCAAAAUAACGAUACGACAAAUAAUUUUAACAAUAAUAUUAAUUAUAAAGAUAAUAAGAAGAACAAUAAUUAUAAAAAUCAAUAUAAUUAUAAUUUUAAAAAUGAUGAUAAUAUUAGUAACAUAAAUAUUUUAAAAAAUAGAAAUUCUAAUUUAGAUGAAAAUUUUAAAAAUAACCAAAACGACUUUAACGCAAGUAUUAAUUAUAAUAUUCAACAAACCAAGUUUUCAGGUUAUACAGAGAAUGAGUCUGAUAAUAAAAAUUCCUGCUCUAUUGGUUUAAAUAGUAUACCUAAUAAUUUAAAUAAUUCAGGAAACUAUAAAAUAAACUUUGAUAACAGUUAUGUAAAAAAUUCAGAGUUUAAUAAAAAUGAAGUCCCAUAUAACAUGAAAGGAGCAACUAAUAAUGAAAAUAAUUGUGAUUUUGAAAAAAAUACUUAUAUAAAUGAAAACAAAAGUUUAACAAAAAAUAAAUAUUAUAAUAAUUUUAUGCAUAAGAAUAAUGCACAAUAUCCUAACAUUAACAAUAAUAAUGAUAAUAACAAUAAUAAUAAUAAUAAUAAUAAUAAUAAUAAUAAUAAUAAUAAUAAUAAUAAUUAUAAUUAUAAUAAUAAUAAUAAUUAUAAUAAUAAUAAUAUUAAUAUUAAUAAUAAUAAUAAUAAUAAUAAUAAUUAUAAUAAUAAUAAUAAUAAUAAUAAUAAUAAUAAUUAUAAUAAUAAUAAUAUUAAUAUUAAUAAUAAUAAUAAUAAUAACAAUAAUAAUAACAAUAUUAAUAUUAAUAAUAAUAAUAACAAUAAUAGCAAUAAUAACAAUAGUUUACAUGCACAUGAAAAAAAUUCACAUGUAUCAAAUGCAUUUUUUAUGAAUUAUACCCAAAAUAAAAAAAAUAAUAUGAUCAAUAACACAAAUAAUGAAAAUAUAAAUAGGAAUAAAACGAAUUUGAAGAAUAGUGUAAAUAUGAACAAUAUAAAUUACAUGAAUAUGAAUAAUAUAAAUGCAAAUAGCACAUAUAUGAAUACUGCCAAUAGUAUGAACACAAAUAACACUUAUACGAAUAAUAUGAACAUGAAUUAUAUGAAUAAUUACAAUGAAGUGAAUAAUUAUUCAAGUUUAAACAAUAUGGAAGAUAACAUUAACCAAAACUAUUGUGGUAAUGUUAAAAUGAAAGCAUAUUUCAACAAAAAUUCAGAAUCAUUUAAUCCAAGUCAUAUGAACAAUGUAAGAAAAAAUAUUGAAAAUGUUAAUUAUAUGAAGAGAGAAUAUAUAAAUGUGAAUAAUAAUUGUACAAAUGUCCCAUAUCAAAAUGAUUAUAGUUAUGAAGAAUCAACAAACAUAAACAUAAAUGAAAAUUUUAAUGAUCAUUCAAAUGUUGCGAACAUACCUAAUGAAUACAAUAAUAUAAGUACGAAUACGAAUAACUUAAAUGCUAUGAACUUUAAUAACACUACAUUUAUAAAUAAUAAUACAAACUCAGUAAAUGCUGAUAAUACGAAUAUUAUAAACAAUAAUAAUAAUAUGUAUGAUGGGAAUGUAGAUAGUAUAGAAAAUAAAAAUAGUUAUGAAGAAGAAGAUAAUGAUGAUUGGGGAGAAUUAGGUGAAGACAAAUAUAUUGAUAUAAAUUCUAUUAUAAAAAAAAAAGAUGUUAUUUUAACCCAAUUAGAAGCUGAUUUAAAUGAUUUAUCUAAAAAAGGAAAUGAUAAUAAAAAUAAAAAAAAAAAUAAGUCAAAAAAAGAGGAUUUAUUUAUAAUUACUGAUACAAAUGCAGCAUUAAGUGAUAAAAAAAAAAACAAAAAAAAUAAAAAUAAAAAUUUGAAAAAUAAUAAAAAAGAAAAUGAACAAAAUGAAAAAGUCAUAAUUAAUGCUACAAAUGAAAAAAAUAUAAAAGUAACAAAUAAUAAUAAUAUAUCAAAUAAAAAAAAAGGGAAAAAAGAUUCUAAUGAAACUGCUGAUAAAAGUUUAGAGUCAAAAAAUGAAGAAAAAAAAAGUAUCAAAGAAAAUGAAAAUGGUAAAGGAGACAUUAAUAUUAAAGAAAAUAAUACAAUAGAAGAUAAAAUAAAUGAAAGCAAAAAAGAAGCUGAUGAAAAUAGAAAUGAAGAUCAAAACAAUGAAAAAAAAGAAGUUGAUAAACCUGCAAAGGCAUUAUAUGUUUUUAAAAAAAAAGAAAACAUGUCACCUCUUGAAUAUAUGGAAAGGCAGAUUAAAAGUUUGCUUAAUAAAUUAACUGUUGAAAAUUUUCCUAUUAUAACAGAAAAGAUUUGCCAAAUAAUGGCUACUCGUUCAAAUAUAGAUGAAAUUCAAACUGUAGUAAAUCAGGUUAUUAAUAAAGCAGUCUUGGAACAUGAUUGGUCAGAAAUGUAUGCUGAUGUUUGUCAGGCAUUAAAAUGGAGAUCACCAAACUUUGAAAAAAAAAAAAAAACUUCUUUUGAAAUUGCAUUAUUAAAAAAAAUCCAAGAGGAAUAUGAAAAUUUACCCAGUACAUUUGAGUCAACUAUGAAAGAAAAAUUAAAAAAUGAUGAAAAUGAAGAAGAAUUGAGUUUUGUCGAGCAAAAGCAAAAAAAAAGGUUAUUUGGAAUAGUAAAGUUAAUAGGAGAAUUGUUUCAGAGGCAUAUUGUUUCUAUUUCAAUAGUUAUAAGUAUAGCUCAUGAUUUAUUAAUUGCAUAUGAAGAACCAAAAGAAUAUUGCAUAGAAGCUUUUCUUCAACUUAUUUAUUCGACUGGUUUUUUCAUUGAUCAAAUUGAAAAAUAUAAAAAUAUUUUAGAUACAUGGUUUGGAAGAUUGAAAGAGCUACAAAGAAAAAAAAUGUAUUCAAAAAGAAUUAAAUUUGUAAUUCAAGAUGUUUUUGAUUUGAGAUUAUCUGAAUGGAGAAAGAAAACUCAUAAAGAUACAGCGAAAGGAUUAAAUGAACUAAGAUCACAACUAGAAACAGAAGAAAUGAUGGGUGGUUCAAUUCAUUUAGCUCAAUUAGGAAAUAUAGUUAUCGUUGGAGAAAGACAUAACUUAAGAAAUAAUGAAUCCUAUUCAAAAUAUAUGCAAGAACAAGAAAGAUUAAGUAAAUCAACUCAAAGUAAAUAA